AUGCUUGUAAUUACAAUUUUGAUAAUGUUUUUUCCAUUACUUGUUACACAAAAACAAAGGUGUAAUAAAUUAUUUUUUGAUUCAUUUUUUAUAAAAAAUUUUUUAAGAUAUAACUCAUUGACUAAAAAUACUUGUUAUAAUAAAUACUACACAUUUAAUAAUAGAAAAAUUUCAACUAAAAUGAAAGGAGAUUCUCCUUUUAUAGCAGUAUACGUAACAACACCUAACAAAGAUGUAGCUGAAAAUAUUUCUAAUGUAUUAUUAAAAGAAAAGUUGGCAAGUUGUGUAAACAUAAUUCCUGGCAUCAUAAGUCUAUAUCACUGGAAAGGAGAAAUAGCUAAAGAUAAUGAAGUCUUAAUGAUGAUUAAAACAAAAAAACAUCUAUUUCAGGAAAUUGUGAAUUCAGUGAAAUUAAACCAUCCAUAUGAAGUACCAGAAGUUAUUGCUAUUCCUAUACAACAUGGAAGUGAAGAAUAUCUUAAAUGGGUAUCAAACUCGGUGAAGCCUAUUGAUAAUCAGGAAGGAAGAUAA